AUGGCUUCUACUUUGAACUCCGUGCCAGCUGCCAACAGCUCAUCUGGCAAUGCUGUUAACGCACAAAACACCGGCCGCUCUUCGUUGAGACCAAGCGCCAGCACCAAGGGGGACGGUCGCCGACAAUCUGGCAGUCCUGGGGACGGUGGUCAACGACGCACAAAUUCGCACAAAGCCUGGACCCAAGGAACCAACCCCAUCACGCAACGCUCCUCUCACUCAUCCAACGGAAAUAUGACUCGACAGUCGGGAUCUCCCCGCCCGAACCAGAAGGAGUCGAAUACUCCUGAUAGCCAUGCUCAUGACCGCCUUGUUUUCCUAUUUGCUAGUUUUAUUGGCUUGCGCACAAUAAUUAUCACAAAGAACGGAGACAAGUUCACCGGUAUUUUCUCAUCUUCGACCCUGGAGUCCAGUGAUUCGUCGUUUUCCCUGAAGAUGGUGCAACGUGUCGAUGAGAAUCACUCCAAGGUGAACGGUGCAAGUGAUGUAGCCAUCCCCUAUCUGGGCACUGGAAUUGAUCAUGCCAUGUCAUUUGAUAUUCGAGAUGUGGCAGAUAUUUCGGUGCCAAAUGUCGUCCCCGCGGAAGUGUCAGUCAAAGAGUCCAAUGGAGCAAGCGGGUUUAGAACUGACAGUGACAUCUCGGGUAAUCUCGCUAUGCGGGAGCGUACAUUGAAGCGCUGGGAACCAGCUGAGAUGGACGUUGACUUGUCACUCGAGAGCACCACGGGUGAUUCGUCUGGUUGGGAUCAAUUUGAGACGAACGAACGACUUUUCGGUGCCAAGACUAGCUACGAUGAAAACUUAUACACAACCGUCAUUGACCGGUCCGAUCCUGCUUUCCGUCAGAAGCAGGUGGAGGCGGCUCGCAUUGCGCGUGAGAUCGAAGGCACUGAUACUGAUAAUGUUCACAUGCGCGAGGAGAGAGGUCUUGUGGCCCCAGCCACGGGCGAUGACGACGAGGAAGCCAAAUACAGUGGUGUUCAACGCGACGGUAAAUCUUUCCAACCCCUCGUUACAGGGCAGCCAAACAGAUACACACCCCCGGCUCGUAGACAACCUGGUGUUCCUGCUCCGGCGGCUAAACAGCCGGCGCCUGUCGCUACACCGGCCCAGAUUCCGACCAAAGAGCCUGCCACUGCAGAGAAACAACAACCCGCUAAGCCCGUUACUGAAGUGGACCAAAAGACGACUCCAAUCAACGCUCCUUCUGCUACUGUCCCUGUUCCCGCCCCUGCGAAGCGAUCCGUCCCCGAGAAUGCCACCGCGAAUGUCGAAGCUGAGGUGCUUGAUCAUUUCCGCCAGUUCGCCAACAGUGAGAAGCUGAAGAUGCAAGAACGUCGACGUAACCAAGCAUCCUAUGAUCGAACGGUCAAAUUGAACGAAUUGAUGAAGUUCUCAAAGAACUUCAAGCUUUCGACCCCUGUGCCCAAGGACUUGGUGCCAAUUUUGGCUAAGGAUAAGCAUAGACAGGAAGCUCUCAUCAACCGAGCUCAGCCUACCGGGGAUACAAAAUCGCCAACCAAUGCUGCAGUUCAGGCCACCGAGCAGAAGCCUGCAAGUCGUCCCGUUGCACCCACUGGUCCAGCUUCCCCUGCAGCCCCUGCAGCCCCUGCUGAUCGCCAGAACUUUCCUCGUGGCCGCCAAGGGUAUCUUCCUACUGGUCCACUUGCUGGAUCUGGUGGUCGAUUCCCCCAGCAGCCUAUGCAGGGAGGUCGCCCUGGCACGGGUAUGCUCAGUCAACGACUGGCCGAUAACUUGCAGCAACGGAAGGGACCUACUGCCAUGGGACCUGUUCCUACCCCGUUGCCCAUCCAGGAUGCUCGUGGACCCCCUACUGGCCCAGCCAGCGAGCAGCCUCGUGUUAUGAGCCCCCCCAAGCCCCAGCUCCCCACUUCUGCUUCCGCCAAGUUCAACGUCCGCGCCAUGGAAUUCAAGCCUAAUCCUGCUGCUAGCACUUUCACUCCUGGUGGUGCCCCCUCAGGCGGCCCCGCUGCCAGCCCACGUCCAUUCUCGCGAAACCCGUCUGUAUCACGGGCAGUCACCCCCUCCACAUUCUUCGGGGCCCGAAAGCUACUCCCAAUUUCUGAUCGGCCGUCUAUCGAUAAUCAGUUCAAUCCCAUCAAACGCAUGAAGAAUGAGAAUGCUGAGUCGUCAGAGAGGGUUGUAAUUUUCAACGGUGGUAUCCCGCCGCCAUACAAGACUCUUCCAACAUGGGAUGUCCCUGAAGGGAAUGAGGAAAAGACCUACGACCAGAUGUUUAAGAACUCUGGCGUGUCGUCUGUCUCGCCUCAGGGUCGUUCUGCUUCCAACAACCCCCACCUUCCUCAGCACCAGAUGCCGUUCCAGUUCCAGCAGGGUAAUCCUGGCAUGCCGCCUUCUGGACCUCCUAAUGGGCCUCACACUCAUCACCACGGCCCUCAUGUGGAUGAUCACCAUCGCAUGCAGCUUUCACAAUCGUCAUCUCAAGUCUUCCCCUCCCCUCGCAUGCAGCAGAGCCAUAUGGGAUACCCAUCCCCUAUGGCUCCUCCCGCCCAGCUUGCAUUUGGACAGCCGAUGCCACAGUUCUAUGGAGGUCCACAGUCUGGGCAUAUGAGACACUACCAAGGCAGUCACGGUCCGCAGUUUGUAAACCCCCAAAUGGGCGCUCCUAUGAUGGUGCAACAGCCGUCUAACGGGCCUUACAUGGGUGUGCCCCAGGGCAUGUCUCCUUAUAACCCCCAGAUGCAAAUGUAUUCUCCAUCUCCAGGCCACGCCUACCCGCAGCCGCAGCCCCAUAGCGGGUAUCCCAGCCCUAGUCGUGGCGCUCCCAUGAUGAUGCAUCAAAACUCGCAGUCUGGACAGCCACCUCAGCCUAUGAUGUUCAUGUCCCCUGGUCAACCUGGAUAUGGCGGUCCGCAACCUGGACAUGCGCCUCCUGGUCGCGGUGGCUACCCGCAAUUCCCCUCCAGCCCGCACCAAACACACCAUUUUCCCCCGAACCAGCAUCGCGCCCCUAGCAAUAACUUCAACCAAGUUCCUCAGAUACCCCCUCAGAUGGCUUCCAACCCCCCCGCCAACUCUGGAUCUGUAACUCACUCCGCCGAGGUGACCGAUGAAGGCAAAUGA